UCACUUUACUCAGCCAGAGAGCACGUUUUCUUCUCUCUCUGCUGCUGCUGCUCUCCAUCCAUCUGUCUCUUCAUCUUUUUAUUCUCUCUGUCUCUCCAUCCAUCUCUCCUCCUUGAUUCCCUGUUCCCUCUCUUUUCUUUGCAUUUUCCUGUUUUUCUUCACUUUUUUCCUCCUCUUCAGAAAUCUUGAAUGUUCAGCACUUGUUCAGACUGGAGUUUCGUGACCCAAGGAAGAAGAUUUAUUUCCUUUUUAUUUGCUACUUUGAGAGAGUUGGAGGAAGGAGCGAGGCGAGACCCUAAUUUGUGACAAUAUGAGGAGCUGAUCUCCUCUUCCAGCUUUUCUCCAGCUGUUCGUCCUGUUGUUCUUCAUUCAUUGUUUUUUUUUUACUCCAACACCUGGAAUGCUUAAUGUGGACUGAUGGAUGUUUCUGAACUGUGCAUCCCAGAUCCCCUCUGCUACCACAACCAGUUGCUGACCAGAAUGCCCACUGACGACCGACAUCUGCCCUCCAGCUGUGGUUCUUACGUCAAAACUGAGCCCUCCAGUCCGUCUUCCUCACUCGUAGACACCGGCAGCCAUCACAGUCCCAGCGGCAACUCAGACGCCAGUAGCGGCUACAUUAACGGCAGUGGCGGACGCUCCCACAUCUUGGACUCACCUCCAAUGUUCAACCCGGGCAUGCUCGGUGGCGGCAGUGCGUGCUUACGCCGUUAUGAGGAGUGCUCCGGCAGCAUGGCGGACGACUCGCCAAUUAAGUGCGAGUACAUGCUCAAUGCCAUUCCCAAGAGGCUUUGCCUGGUGUGUGGCGACAUUGCCUCAGGGUACCACUACGGCGUCGCCUCUUGUGAGGCCUGCAAAGCCUUUUUUAAAAGGACGAUACAAGGAAACAUCGAGUACAGCUGUCCUGCAACCAAUGAGUGUGAGAUUACCAAGAGGAGACGAAAGUCCUGCCAGGCCUGCCGUUUCAUGAAAUGUCUUAAAGUUGGCAUGUUGAAGGAAGGCGUACGUCUGGACCGGGUGAGAGGCGGGAGACAGAAGUAUAAACGGAGGUUGGAUGCUGAGAAUGGAUCCUACCUCGGCCUCACCCUCCCUCCCCCAGCCAAAAAGCCCUUGACAAAGAUUGUUUCGCAUCUCUUGGUGGUGGAGCCAGAGAAGAUCUACGCCAUGCCGGACCCGACCAUGCCUGACGGCGACAUCAAGGCCUUGACCACCCUGUGCGACCUGGCUGACCGCGAGCUUGUGGUCAUCAUCGGCUGGGCCAAACAUAUCCCAGGUUUUUCUACACUGUCCCUGGCAGAUCAAAUGAGUCUUCUGCAGAGCGCCUGGAUGGAGAUCCUGGUGCUGAGCAUUGUGUUUCGUUCGCUGCCCUGCGAGGACGAGAUUGUAUAUGCAGAGGACUAUGUGGUAGAUGAGGAGCAGGCGAGGAUCUCGGGCCUGCUGGAUCUUCACGUCGCCAUCCUGCCGCUGGUGCGACGCUACAAGAAACUGCGCAUGGAGAAGGAGGAGUUUGUCACGCUCAAAGCUAUCGCGCUCGCCAACUCUGACUCCAUGCACAUAGAGAGCAUCGAAGCUGUCCAAAGGCUCCAAGACUCUCUGCAUGAGGCUCUGCAGGACUACGAGGGAUCCCAGCACCCAGAGGACCCCCGACGUGCAGGCAAGCUGCUGAUGACCCUGCCUCUGCUCCGUCAAACCGCCACAAAGGCUGUUCAGCACUUCUACAGCAUUAAAAUGCAGGGCAAAGUUCCCAUGCACAAACUAUUCCUCGAGAUGUUGGAGGCCAAGGCUUGACACCUGGAACAGCUGCAUCAUUCAGUCAGAGACGAGCAAUGGCCCAAGAGAAAUAAAGGUGGAGUGCCAAUUAACAGCCAAAGGAUGACACUUGGGCUCUGAAGUCAUUUUACUUAUUAAAAUAAUAGCAAAAAUUGAAAAAGGAAAAAAAAAAAACUUGGAAUAGUUUUAAAAAGGGUGACUAUAAAUUUGACACAAGUGGGAUGACAAUAAUGUAUAUAGAGGUGUACAGAAAUCAGGCAACUGUGGUCUUGUUAUAACCAGAGACCCAUUGCUCUAUAUCACUUGAGUCUUCUGUGAAUUUGUUUCUUAUUUUGUUUUAAUCUCAAAAUAAAAAAGUGACAGUAUAAAGAACUGUACAGCAACGUAGCCAUAUUUUGUGUUCCAGUUUCUCCUCUUUUCUUAUCUCACUUGUUCCAGCAAAUGACUCUAACUGGUCUUCAUUUACAAGUAUUGUAAAUUUUGGGAAGCCUCACUGGGUGGAAGGGAGAAUUGUUUAAGAUCCUUUCUGAAGUUAUCAUCAAAGAUGGUAAUUUCCACGUAAUUACCUCAUACUUGCUUCAUUGUCUUGAUAUUUUAAUCUGAUUGGUUGGUCAAAUGACAGAGGUAAUUAUCAUUUCUAACUAAAUGUGUGUCUGAAUUGUUCACUCGUUCAAAUUACUAUCCACUUCAGAGACAGUCCAACAUUUACCAACAAGUUUUAAAUGUUCAAACUGGAAUUUCAUCCUCUUUGUAUUGCUGUGGAAAUUUGUAACAUGCAACAGGCUUAUGUACAGUUUAACACUAAAUUCUUCACUAAAUUGACGUUAGUGCACUGCACCCUGAGUUGACAGAUCAUGCUUAUUACUCUUCAAAAUGCCAAUAUUAGCAUUCUAAUUUACAGGGAACUUUACAUUCCCUGUAAAAUGCGUUAAAAUUCUGAAAUUUUGAAGGAUUUUCCGAAUUUAGAUCAGUGCAUUGAUCAGUGCACACAGGUUUGUGGAUAUGAGAGAUUAAAAAUAGAUUACAAAGGGAAAUAUUCCACAAUACACACUGUAUUCUCAUAAUCACUAGUUAACACCACAAAAUUAGUGACAGAACGAGUGAACUUUUCAUUCGCAGCAGAAAUGUUUGCACUUAUGAUUAAUGUGACAAAAUGAAUACUAACACAAGUUGGCUAUUGUUUAGUGAUUUUUAGGAAACUGCACUUCUUCCCCAUUCUUUUUGUGCUGACACUGGAAACUAAACAUGCUGUGAAACCAACUCAACAAUGAUAAGCUAUAUCUUGUACUGAUGAAAGUGUUGUUGUUUUUUUUCCCUAAAAUUAUGUAAUUAUCAACCGAUACAACAGGAGGUUCAUGCUAUAAAUACCAACUUUGUGAGGACUUUAGGUGCUUGUUUGAUGCUAUGCUAGUUUUUAAGGCUUUUAAUUUUAGCCAGCAUUGUAAUUGAUACCAUUUAUUUAUAGAAGUUUUGUAUUUUUAGUUCCAUCUGUAUUUGUUUAACUCAGAAACUUGGUGUCACUGAUAUUGAUUUUGCCUUGAAGCUCUUUAGCCGUCAUCUGACGAGGCUAAUAUUUUUGCAGAAGCUAUCAGAGAAGCUACCAAACAUCAAGAUGGCAAACGUAUUACAGUUGGUCUUCUGUGCAAGUAAUUGUUUUACUUCAAUACUUUUGAUUCAUUGAGGUGAAAGUGCAUUCUCACUCGAACUCCUAUUAAUCUGAAUCGUUUUUUAGCCUGGGUAAUAUGGCGAAUUCAAGGAAAGUCACAUUUUGUUUAGUAAAUUCUGGAAUUAGCAUCCAAGUAAAACAUUCAGCGGCUAGAGUUUUUGACUUUUCUGGGGUUUUUACUGAUUGUUUUGUUUGGGUUUGGUUUUUUUUUUGUUGUUGUUUUUUUCUCAAUUUUAACACAACCAGUGGUCUUGGGGGUUUUAUUUAGCUUAUAAUGUCUUCCUUGAAUCCCAACGGAAAUCAGACUGCUCAUGAAAUUCUUGCAGAUUCAUAACUAAAUAAGAAUAGAUUAUCAGCAGUACUAAUACUUGAUAUCCUACUUUUUGGUUGAAGGGAUAUUUAACAACCAAAGUAAUUUUUGGAUUAUUGUUACUAUAUGAGACUUAUUUUCUCUCCAAAUGUGGAUCACAGGGUAAAAUGUUGAAGCUCAGCUUAAACUUUGAAGAGACUUACAGUUUCUUGUAAUUUUUUAAGUCACAUCUAAGUUUGAAUAUUUUUCAUCAUUUUGGAUAACACAAGAUAGGGUACCUUAUUGCAUCUGUAACGAUGUACUGUGCAUCAUUACAGCUCACUGACAUUUAGCAUAUUUGUUUUUUUAAUGGCGGUGCUAAACAUUCAGAAGCAACACUUAAAUUGAAACAUGAGUAUAAUCCACAAUUAAUCAUAGGUUUUAAGAGCGUAGUAUCUGCCAGAUGCAAACUAGUUACCAAAGGAUACUGUUCAUUUUGCUUCUUCACCAGUUUUACAGUUUUGGUGUUUUCAUAUAUGACUUGUUUGGAUAUGAAAAUAAAAUACCUUCUACCUACUGAAUAGUGGAUGCUUUGGAUAAAUGUAGAAAAUAAAGGAUUCAAAGUAAUUUUGCAUAAACUACAAACAAAUUUGGAGUGACUCCAAUAAAUUAAGAUGGGGAUCAUAGUUAUGAGACUUUAAUCAUUACAUAAAGUUAAAUUGAAUUGGAAUAGAUUAAAAUGAAUAAAAAAUUAAUUAAUUUUAAGUCAACAUAAAAUAAAUAAAUUACAUUUAACUGUUCUUUGUGAUUUACGAUAUGUCUAUUUUUAUUUCAACUUUAUUUAUGUCCCAAAUUCAUCUACCUAACAUUCAACUACUUAUCUACAAAGAGAAAUGAAAUUAUGUGCAUUGGUUACAUACAUGGAGCGAAAUGAUAAGAUUACAGGUAGGGAGUGUAAGUAGGGUGAAAGGAAAUGGUAAAAAGUUGUUAAAAAUGGGAAUAUGAACUGGUGAAGGGGCAAACUGACAUGAGUUGACUCUAAAUUAUUUAAAGACAUUACCAAGCAUAUCAUAAUAUUGCCUCAGUUGAUGACAUAUUUCUUACAGUUUUGUUAAUCUAAGCAGUUAAGAAGGAACAUUUAACAAAUAUGUGUCAAUAAUAAGAGAACAGGUUACUCAGCAGCUUUUAGGGAUUUAGUGAGAAAAUAUAAAUUCCACACGAAGGCUGUCUUUAAAAAGUCAAGUGCCAUUAGCUUCGCCCAAAAGUGAUGGAAGCAUACGCAACUAGAAACUCUGAGGCUCUACCAGAGAGACGAUAUUAAUUAACUAGAAUAUAAUGCAUAGAUUAUUUUAACCGUGCGUUGAUGAGAAUAGUUUCCAUGGUGCAUCUCCCCAAUUGUUAACCAGCUUAUCCAUCCCCAAGUGAAACAAGGGAUUUAUUACCUCUGAUUAGUAUCAAACCAAAGCAGAAACACUCACACAACUGCGUUUAUGAAAUGAUGAGCUGUUUUUACAUAAAUAUGUUAUUCACAACAUAAUAAUCAUGGGUAUAGUUCAGUUCUGUUGUGUUCAUUUACUCUAAGUUCGUGAUAGUGAAGAAGGCACAUCCAUCCAUCCAUUUUCGAACACCCUUGUUCCUAGUGGGGUUGCGAGGGGUGCUGGUGCCUAUGUCCAGCUAACGUUCCGGGCGAGAGGCGGGGUACACCCUGGACAGGUCGCCAGUCUGUCGCAGAAGAAGGCACACAUCUUUUUUAACAUAAGAGAAAGACUGAAGUGUAAUUAGGACAUGAGAAUAUAGUUAUUUUUCUUUUUAAUGCUAGCAGCAUAAAUUACACCCCCAGUUCCUGUUGUUUUUGUUGUAAGGAGAACCUUUAAACCUGUUGUGACUUAACUGACAGAAAAAAGGUCAUUUUAAAUUCUCCCCACUCACAAGUUAAUGUAAUAAAAAAAAAUUUUAAAAUGCCUAAUUUAUGUUCAGACAUCUAAAACGGUUCUACAAUAUCCAAUUAAUUCUAAUUGUGUCCUAAGCUGAAAUUCUCAAAAGAAAUGGAGCAAUUAAAUUUCUGCUUUGGCUCUACUCUGGGGACGAGAGGCGUUUUAUUUUAGCUGAUGGUGGAGAGGCUUUUUCAUCUAAGUCUCUACAAAAGGCGAUUUCAUGAGUAUCUGUAAUAGUUUCCUAACAGAGCAGCAGCGAUCACUGGGCUAUGCAAGGCAGUACGGCCACCUGUGUUCCUUAUGUUUGGAGCAUCCGACUGACUUGUAGUUGUGCUUUGUUUACAACUUGAACAUACUGUAUAACUGCAUCGUGCAAUUCACUGUAUUAUACUGUAUCUGCUGUGCAUUGAUGUGACUAUGAUCACGUGUUAGGUUUGCCACUUUAAUGUAUUCUCAUGGGGACUAGGAACAUAUUUACAGCCCAGUGUAUUAUACAAGUCUGUUUCAAGUGAAUAAUGAACGAGUUCAUUGUGUUUGUUUUAAGAUGAGAUUGUUUUUCUGUAUUUUUGUCUCUCGGUUUCUCUGUGUGUUUUGGUUAUCAGCAAAGCAGGACGAACAGCGACUAAAGUCGUCUAGACCCUAUACCUCAAUUCAUAUUUUGAAAAUUACACUGGGCUUGGAAGCGGGCCAUGGGAUUCUCCUGGGAGUCAGUGGCACAGAAAUAAAGUGACAUCACCGGCUGGGUAUUAAAAAAAAUGCAGAUGAAGUUACCGCAAUUGGUGGUGGGGGAGGAGGCGCACAUUCCUCGGAGGAAAGCUACUUAUUCGUUGCUCCAUUUGCGGACUUACCUCAUCUCCAUGCACUCUGAGAUGACGAGAUUUACAUAAAACAUGGAAGAACCUCCCCGGCCGAUCUGUUCCACAGUGUAAAGAGGAACCUGCUAGGUGUGCGCACCACAGACUAGUGAUUACCCAAGAAGUUUCUCUCCCUCUUCAAAAGCAAUAUGUUUGCAUUUGUGAUAUAUGAAUCAAGUUAAAAGGGAGCUUUGGUUCAUUGUAAUUACAAACUUUCUUCAUGCUUGAAGGGGGGACAGGCUAACUAUGUGCACUGUUCUGUGAAGAAAAGAAAAUGAAAAAAAAAAUAAUGGAAGGAAGCCAAACACAGCUGGGAUUCACUGGACAGGACUCUGUGGCAUUUUCAUGUGUUUUGUUAGUUGUAUUUAUGCCUACUGUAUCCAUGUGUAAAUAAAUGCUUUUGUGGGGGAGUAGGACAGCCAGAUUUAACAAUGCACUGAAUGUACAGUGACAAUAAAAAACACAAUUUAUGAAA